AUGAUAUUCGAGAACCUGCUUAGGUGCUAUCGCAAGCUUGGCAACGAUACUAUUGAUGAUCAGAUUGAAGUCUCGCUGCAAGGAUGGAAUUGUCAGAACUCCCCUCCUUCAACUCGCAUCCCGCUGGGAUCUGUGGCGGCUGGGCUUCUCAACUUCAAGUCGAGAUGGGGGGAAGCAAGCGAGAUACUGGAGACCGCGGUCAGCCUUCUGCCGUCCGUGAGUCCUCGGGCUCUGAAAAGCAGUGACCAGCAGAAUGUUUUGCGAAAAUUUCCAGGACUGGCUUCUUUAGCUGCUGCGACUGCUCUCAAUGCGGGAAAGUCGCCUGCCGAUGCUCUUAAUCUUCUAGAGUCCGGUCGUGGAGUGAUGGCUGCGCUGUUAUUCGAGACUCGUGCUGAAAUCGCCGAUCUUACUAGCAGUCAUGCUGGUUUGGCGAAUCAAUUCAUAUCUCUAAGAAACGAGCUGGACACGCCUUCCGGUGCGACAUCUUUAUCCUCUGUCGACAAGGAUAUCCCUAUGGAGAUGCAUGCCAAGCAACGCCGCGAUCUGGAUGCCCAAUUCAACACGGUUAUCAGGGAGAUUCGUUCCAAGCCAGGGUUCGAAACAUUUCUCAUUCGGCCAAAAGCAGAGAGCCUACUUGCCGCCGCAUCUUCGGGUCCCAUUGUCAUUCUCAAUGCAAAUUCGCGGCGCUGCGAUGCUUUCAUCAUCGACACCCACUCUAUCCAGCUGCUACCACUUCCACAAUUUGAAGUUUCGGAGUCUUUGGAAAAUCUUUGGGAUGUUAUGGCUUGUCCAGUUCUCGAUAAGCUCGGAUUCCUGGAGCCCCCGAGAGAUGGUGACUUGCCGCACGUAUGGUGGAUUCUGACAGGGUCUUUGAGCAGGCUCCCGAUUCACGCGGCGGGUUAUCACCAAGAAGGCUCUUUCGACACAGUGAUGGAUAGAGUAAUAUCCUCAUACAGUACUUCAGUCAAAGCUCUGAUGCAAUCUCGUCAGAAGUCAGCCCGAAUCACCAGGGGAAACGUUUCUCACAAGGCCUGUCUCGUCAGCAUGGGGACCACACCCUCUAAUGGCCAAGAGGAGGUGCAGAUUUUGGCCAGUCUACUAUCUCCAAGUAUACCGACUACUCUUCUCGAUAAACCUGAAAAAGAAGAGGUACUACAUCAAAUUGAGACCUGUACAACAUUUCACUUUGCAGGCCAUGGUAUAACAAAUCCGCUGGAUCCGUCCAAGAGCUGUCUUCUCCUCAAUGACUGGGUUAGUGAUCCUUUGAGCUUUGAAAGCUUAACUUCUCUGAACCUUUUUGAGAGGCCUGCUUGGUUGGCUUACCUUUCAGCUUGCUCUACUGGAGAAAACCAAGCAGAGAGGCUGCAAGAUGAGUCGAUCCAUCUGAUGAGUGCUUGCCAGUUAGCAGGGUUCCCGCAUGUGGUCGGAUCGCUAUGGAAGAUAGAUGACAAAUGCUCGGCUGAAGCAGCCGCAGAGGUUUAUAGGACGAUCCAGGAGCGUGGAUGGACUGAUGAGUCUGUAGCACUUGGGGUUCACAACGCCGCAAGACUUCUUCGAAGCAAAACCCGCGAGGAGGGACAGGACAGGGGCAGAGGGUUAGACUAUGCUGUCCGUGAUGAAGGCAAUCCAUCCAUUUGGGCUGCGUACAUCCAUGUCGGACCCUAG